AGCGUUCCUGAAUUGUAUUUUGGAGGGAGGAAUCAGAAACGGUCUGAAGAAGAGCGCGUUUCUUGGUGAAAUCUUGCGUUGGAUCGCGGUUUCAGGCGCUCCAAAUCAUCACAGCCAAUUCUCUCCGCCAUUUCUCAAACCGUUAUUAACCAUUUGAAGAAGAAGAAGAAGAAAAUUUGAUUCAGAUAUGGGAUUGGAUGAUAAUAAUCCUGACGCAGCUGCGUCUAAAUCAGCUUCGUCAUCACGCGAUAAGCGUAAUGCUGCUGGCGAUGCAACCGAGGAUGAAGAAGAGGAUCGACUCGAAUUGGGACCUAAUUGCAGUAUCAGAGAGCAUCUAGAGAAGGACAAGGAUGAUGAAAGCUUAAGGAGGUGGAAAGAACAGCUCCUCGGGAGUGUAGAUGUUGAUGCUGUGGGAGAGGUUCUGGAACCGGAUGUGAAGAUUUUGAGCCUAACGAUCCUGUCUCCAAAUAGGCCUGAUCUUGUUCUUGAAAUUCCAGAGAAUGUUGAUCCAAAAGGGUUAUGGUUUACUCUGAAAGAAGGUAUACCUUACAGCCUGAGAUUCUCCAUCCAGGUUAGAAACAAUAUCGUCUCUGGCCUUAGGUACACCAACACUGUCUGGAAAACUGGUAUUAAAGUUGAUAGCUCCAAGGAAAUGCUGGGAACUUUCAGUCCUCAGGCAGAGCUUUAUACUCAUCAGAUGCCUGAAGAAACUGCACCAUCUGGUAUGUUUGCAAGGGGAACAUAUUCAGCAAAAACAAAGUUUGUUGAUGAUGAUAACAAGAGCUACCUGGAAAUGAACUACACUUUCGAUAUCCAGAAAGACUGGCCGCGAUAGGGGACAUGCCAGUGAAUACUACUGCCCUCAUUUUAGCUGCAUCUUCCAAUUGAGAAUGUUGCAAAAAUGAGUUUGAGGUGUCUGAAUCAGCGAGUGCAAUAGGAUUAACAAGUUUUCAAAUAAAUCGUAGAUCGAACUGUCGAAUUGAAAGUUUGGGUCGGUUUAAACAAAGGAAUGUUUUAUCAUUUUCCCAAUGAAAUUUUUUGGCCAAAUUUUUGGUUCAUCCUUUGGAACUAUAUUACAUCCCGGAUUUCAUUUAAUAUGAUGAAUUGUUAUGGUAAUUUUUCUUUUUUUGUAAAGACGUAAUUUAUCUUUGAAUUAGAAAAUCGAACUUAUGAAAUUUAAGAUUGA